UUUAUCCUUGGUGGUUUAAGAUGGCGACCAAUGAGUGCUUUGUGUUUUGUUAAUUUGUUGAUGUCGGAAGCUGACCGGUGAGAUAGUAAUUUAUAAGGACUGGAGGUGAUGUGAUGAAGUAAAAAUCGAUACUAGAUUCUGAGAUAUAUCCCGUAGUUAAUAGAAUAGUAUUUUUUUUUUAUUAUAUGUGAUAUUUAGGUGCUACUUAAUUCAUGCAUUCAGAAAUCACAAUGAAACUGAUACCAUCGGUUGUUCAAAGCUUUCGGGUGGCCAAAGCAUUUAGUGAAAAUUCUGAUCGUAUCAAUAGCAUUGAUUUUUCAUCUGAUGGUAUUACAUUGAUUUCGAGUAGCGAUGAUGAUUCCAUUGUCAUUUAUGACUGUGAAAGGGGAGUGCACAAAAGAACUCUUCAUAGUAAGAAAUAUGGCGCUGAUCUGGUACGUUUUACUCACAAUGAGAACUCUGCAGUUCAUAGCUCUACCAAAAUUGAUGAUACUAUCCGGUACUUAUCUCUUCAUGAUAAUAAAUACAUAAGAUACUUUACUGGUCAUACAAAAAAGGUUACAUCACUCUCGGCUUUGGGAGAUUCUCUUCUUUCAAGUUCUUUAGACAAAUCUGUGAGGCUGUGGGAUGUUAGAUCACCUAACUGUCAGGGCUUGAUAGCUGAAUGUGGAAGGCCUAUUGUUUGUUUUGAUCCUGAAGGAGCAUUAUUUGCUGUUGCUGUGAAUUCAGAAGAAGUUAAAUUGUAUGACAUACGAAGUUUUGAUAAGGGGCCCUUCAACAUCUUUAUACCCUUCAAAGAAAGGAACAGCGACUGGACUUGUAUGAAAUUUAGUCCUGAUGGGAAAAUGAUUCUGAUUUCAACUAAUGGAUCUGAUGUUCAUCUGUUAGAUGCUUAUAACGGGAGAGCAUUGUCAACUUUUGCUAGCCGUGUGAAUAGCAAAGGCAUACCCUUGGAAGCAUCGUUUUCUCCAGAUUCACAGUUUGUAUUUUCUGGUUCAACUGAUGGAGCUGUUCAUGUAUGGAAUUCAGAAACAUAUUUAAGGGAAGCUGUUUUACAUUGUGGCUAUACUAAUCCUGUGCAUUGUGUUCAGUUUAAUCCCAAAUAUAUGAUGUUGGUUACUGCUUCUACUCAGAUGGCAUUUUGGACACCACCUUAUCCAGAUGACGAACUGUGAUAUGCCAUGGAAUUUUUUUUUUGAUUAAAAAAGAAUUCAUUGUCACAAUUUCACAUAUUCUGUGAUAAUACUCUUAAAAUAUGAUGUAAAAAUUUUUAGUCAUGUAUUUUGUGUCAUUCGAAAAGUCUUGAGCACGGGCAAACUUUCUCUCCACUAUAUCUCUUUAAUAUGUUCUUUGUUUCUUUGUACUAUGAUGUGAAAUAUGAUAUUGAUGUUUUAUGUGAAUUUUAAAUUGAACCAAAGGAUUUUUUGUUCCAUUUGUUUUGUCAACAGGACACUUAUGCUAGUUAUAUCAUAAAUAUCUACAAUCAAGUCACUGGUGUUCAUUGUGUUUCUGCAAUGAAAAAAAAAAAAGUAGCAGUGGAGUGCCUAUAUAUAUUUAUAUGAAUCAUGAGCUAUUUACUCUACAGCUUAAAUUUUUGCUUGUGGUGCUGUUUUUUAAUUUGAGCUAAAAACAGCAGUUCCUCGUAUGAAUUUUGCACAACAGUUAAACUAUAAAUGAGACGGGUAAGCAUAAAAAUCAUUAUUAGAGAAGCGUAAAUCAUCAGAUAAGUUGCACAGAAUUGUGGUUAGUAUUUUAAAGAUUUUAUGAAGCACAAUCAAUCUUUAAAAUACUUGAGAUGAUCCAGAUUUCCCGUAGCCUGUAUGAUUUAAGUAUGUGUGCUUUAGUUCAUUUUUGAUAAUCUAAUUAACAGAUUUUUAUUUCCUUUUGUUAAAUUUGAAUUUCUUAUGAUUUGUUCAGAAUUUUAUUAUAGUAUAUAAAAAAAAUCUGUGUACUUGAAGUUUAAACUUAAAGCUAACACUCCAAUUAUUCUAUUCUCGUAUUAUUGAGAAGCAUGUUGUCUUCUUAUUAUCGUGUGAAGAAUUUCACAGUUGUUUUUGUCAUUACAGAUUUUAAAUUUACUAAUAUGCUUAAUAAAUUCAAAGUAUAAUACAAACAUAAGCAUAACGUAUUAAUUAAUUCCUGAAUUUAAUGCAAAUUAAACUUUAGGUGAUAUAUUUUAAUUAAAUUUUUAAAUUAUGACAUUUUUUUAUUUAUUAUUUUAAAAUAAAUAAUUCAGUCUACAAGUUGCUUUGAGGAAUUAUUUUUUAUUCUUACACUUGCAUGUUUGUUACUUCAAUUUUUUUAUUAGAUGUUGCUUUAAUUUUGAAAGCCUAAAAAAAUAACCUGAAAUAAUUUUAUAGAAAAAUACAAUUUUUGACUUACUGGAAUUAUUUCUUAAAAUGUUAAUGGAAAAAAUUAAAUUUAUUUUAUUAUUAUAAAAAAUAUAAAAAUAAAAAUUACUGAGUUAUUCAUUUCUUUAAAUAACAUAGAAUCUAUCAUUUAAUUUGGAUUCAAGAAUUAUUUCUUUAUUUGAAAUAAAAUAUUUAAUCAAUUUAACAAAACUAAACCUUACAUUUUCCAGAAAAAAUUAUUGUAGGAAACAAUUCAUUUGGAUUAAAUUACAUUAAUAUUUAUUGAAUUUGUACUUUUUAACUUGAUUUUGUUUAGAUUUCAUUAUUAAAUAUCCAGCAAGAAACUUCACAAUAAUUCAUUAUUUUCUAUUCAAAAUUUAAAUUGAUUUGUAAACUGUCUCAUAGCAUAAUGCAAGAUAUUAGAUGGUAAGUGCAGGCACUUUAUAUCAUACAGUGCAGUAUGUAAUUAAUCAUUAAAUGGCAUACAGAUUUAUUUAUUAUGAGACCAACAUCAUAGAAAUUGACUCUGACAAAUGACUCUUUUCACUUUCUACAGAUAUAACAUUAAUUGACAAGUUAUUAAACAAACUCCUUAGAAUUGUAUAUCAGUAAGAAAUAUAUGCCAUUCUUUUAUAUUUUAUUGUCCCAUUCUUUUUCUAAGUUUAUUUGCAGGGCCGGAUUUAAGACCUUUAGGGACCCUUUUGGUAAUAUGUCUUGCUCUCUCCCUUCUUUUUAUCAAAUUUCCAAAACUAGAUAUUUUUAUUUGUUUCAAUUUUAGUAUAUAUAACAGUGUUUUGACAAACUGAAAUAACGGAAUAUUUAAUUUUAGGCUACUUUAAAGAAAAGGUGAUUUUUAAAUGAAAUAUUUAUAAAAAAGGCAAUUUUUUUAGCACAAUCUAAAUGCUAUUCAGUUAUAGAAUCAGGUUGUUUUUAAAUUAUGAAGCUAUAUAUCUUGUUAGAAUUAGGAAACAAAAUAAUACAAAAGAUAAUGUUAGGAAUGCUAUUAGAAUAUUGUUCUGAAAUUUAUGUAUUAAUAGAUUUUUUCUACCAGUUUAAGUGUGCGGUCUUUAUAAAUUAAGUUUCUUAGACAAUAUCACAAGAAAAAAAUUAGAGGUCUCCCCAAAUCACGCGAUUCCUAAGUAAUUGCAUAUUUAUUAAUCUGGCCCUGUUUGUUUAUAUUAGGCGGAAAGUAAGUAAUUGUAUGAUCUAUGAUAAUUCUCUAUUUUACUAUGACCAAACUAAUCACAGAUAUAACUGAGCAUAUGAGAGCUUUUUCCUGUGAUAAUAUACAAUACCUUCCUGUUUAAGUUUUCAUGUAUUGAUACCUUGAAAUUAUUGCCAUUUGUAAAAAAUGGAAUAUCAAAUUCCAUGUAGGAUACUAUUCUUUCUUUCUUUUUAUUUUAUUUUUUUAAAAAUAUAUCCUUUUUAAAGCUAGCCAGUGAAAGAGGAAGAGAGUAAUGUUUUGAUACGUCUUCAAUUUUAUUUUAGUGCUUUUUAUUGUGUUCCAUUCAUGUGUAAAAUAAUCUCAUAAUAUUUCGAUUGUUUAUAGUAAAUUCUUUAUUUUUGUACUAAUUUUAUUUUUGUUGUUAAGGUAUGUAUAUUCAUUUUAAUUCUGCAGUUUGUUUGUUUUUUAAUUUUGGUAAUCUUUAUAAUUUUGUGAUCAAAAAUUUUCAUUUUGAAAUAUUACUGUGUAAUUUAGAUCUUUGCUCUAUGAUUUUUAUUUCAAUGUAAUGCCUGUAGAAUUCAAUCUUAUGUCAGAUCUGGUCUUGUAAUCCUUUGCAAGGAAUAAAACGUCACUAUCAGAAAAUUUAAGCUGCCAUUUUGCUUACCUAAAGCUAUGAAGUUAAAUUUUUUUAAAGAAUUUUAUAAAUUUGAAUUUAAGCAGUUAUUUUCUAUUGGAAGGUAUUUUUAAAAUUAAUGCUGAAUUUUAAAAAGCCACUUAUUGGAAAUAUUUAAUUGCCUAAGAUUUUGUAAAUUUUCUUUUUGAAUCAUUUAUCUUUCUACAAAUUAAAAUUAUUUUUAAGAAUCAUGAAUGUUUUCUUAAAAGCAAUGUUAAGACAGAGAGAACACUAUUGAAAUUGGUAUAGUGAUAAUAGAAGCAGAAAUAUUUAUUGAAAAAUAUUAUAGUGUGUGUGUUGAAAAGUUCAGAUUAGUAUUAAUUGAUUUGAUCUGCAAUUGUAAACAUUUUUUUCACCCUUUAAAAAUAUUGAAAUUAUAACUGUUGAAUCUGUCAGUGAAAAAUGGUUAAUGUUUUAUUUUUAAUACAUUUACCUAAACAUGAGCCUGAUUAUUUACACAGAGAUAUCUUGUCUGGUGUUUUAUAAGGCUUGAAGAAAAAUAUAAAUAAUUGAGCUCAUUAUUGUGAUUAGACAUCUACUUUUAGUCUAUAUUCAUUUUGAGAUGGUAUUGAAGCUCGAAAUUUUUUUUCAUAUACUCAGGGAGAGAAAUAUAAAGUAUCUCAUGUAUUCUUAUUUUAUGGUAGAAUGUUCCAUAGAAUUUGCUUGAAGAACAUCAUAUAUAUAUCAUUGUAAUGCUUGAAACUUAUUUACUGUUCUCACGCCACAUAUCUUGGAGAGACCCUCCGCCACCUUGACAAAGAAUUGGUGGAAAUGUUCUAAAUCAGUAUUGUGAAAUAUAAAUUUUAUUGAAAGGAAUUAUUAUUACUGACUUUUCGCUCUUGUACUGAUGGUCAUAUGAUAUAUUUGGGCAUCCAUGGAUAUAUUAACAGCAGAUGACUAGUUAAUAAUGUGCAUAACAGUCUACACAUCAUUGAUAGAAUCUAAUUUGAGUAUUACUGAUGUUUCUGUUGUAAUUAUUUUUGCCAUUAAUAUAAAAAGGCAAUUCUCUGAUAUCUGUCAAUUUGAGCUGUUCUUAACUGUUUUUCUAUAUCCUUUUCACACAGUAAAUUGUUGUAAUGCAUGUGCUAGAUUAGUCUUAAUGUGUUAAAAUUGCCAUUAAGUAACCAUGUAGUUGUCCAGUAGCGUAGUGAGUAUAAGUGGUGCCUGUGGUAUGUGAUUUUCUCUCUCAUUCAUGAUGUUUCUUUCUAAAAUGUGGCAUGAGCAUAUUAGCAUGUUGUCCCUAUUGCACCCCCUAAGAUUGGCAUUGGGGUAUCUAUACCUUCAUUGCCCUCCUGUUGCUGGGCCACUGUAAUUGUCUUAAGUACUCACUUAGUAUAAGUUGAGAGCUUAGAUGUGAUUUCUAACUUGUCAAAAUGUUCUGUUAAAUUAUAAUCUGUCUUGUGCUGUGCUAUUUUAACUUUGUAUUCUGCAUAUACUGAACUUAAAUUUUUCUUAAUGUCUGUUUAACCUGCCAGCAUUAUAUGGAGCUUCAGAAAUUAUCUUUAUUGUAAUAGUGGAAUUUAGACAUGUCAGGUGUAUUUUUCCUAUGAUGAGCUUUUUUCCUCCUCUUUGGUAGCUAUUCUUAGAACAUGAUUUUGUAUGAAUUGUUAUUUAAUGUGAUGUGAUCAGUAAUUAUUAUACAGGGUAUAAAAUGUUUUGUGUAGUGGGACCAUUUACUGGUACAGAAUAAAAGGGCGGUUUCAUAUGUGGUGCUAGAUAUGCAUUUCUUUUCUGUUGCAUGUAAUCGUACUUCUCAAUAUUUAUAGUUCAGUAUUAAAUGCUUCUAAAUAAUUGUUUCCUUCAAAUAAUUGAUUCUGUAUUUCAGAUGAAUUAUAUGAGACCAUUUUGACUCUUUCAGGGAUACAAAAUGAUUUGAUUUUCUGAGUGAAAGUAAUUUUAAUUCAUGUGUAAAUCCAUAAGGGGAGGAUUAGAACUAGUGCUGCCAUCCGUUGUCUUUAUUAGAUAUUAGAAAAUGUAUUUUACCAAUACACCAUCUAAAGACCACUAUCUGUCUAAAAAGAAAGCUCUUAAAUGGGUGGUUUCAACUGAAAAAAAAAUUACAACUUCCUGGAAGAAAUUCAAUUUUUUAAAAAAUGUCAUCUGAAAUUUAACAUUGCCAAGAGUACCAAAUGCCAAAUGGGUACCCAAGAGAUCUUUAGCAUGUAAUAUAAUACAGCAUGUUUGAUUAUGAUAUUUGUCAUCUCAAUAUCUUUUUGCUGAUAAAUCUAAUCCAUAAAUAAUCAAAUUUUCAGAUGUUUUGCUCUAAAUGAAUGGAAGUUUUUGGUUACUUUUUUAACCACAUCUCCUCUGUACAACUUUGGAUCUUAUUAUUUAUAUUUUAUAAAACUGAAAAGCAUAUGAAAAUAUUAGUAAUUAUUAUAUUGAAGAAAGUUAUAGAAGGGUUUAAUGUCUUUGAAGUUGUUGCUGUAUGGCUGAAUAUAAUUUAUUGGUAAUAUAUAUUCUAAUUUACUGUUUAUAUUUCUAUUGUUUUGGUAUUUAUUUAUUUCCAUUUUUAAAAUGUCUUUUCUUUUUGUUUUAAAAUUUAUGACAUAGUGUUGAAAAUUCUGUUUCUGCUGAUAAUUACAAAUUCUUUGUAGAUAUUAGUGAAACUAAAAUGCUUUUCCAUAUUGUGGCUGUGAAUAUGUAGUAGUAGCGAUGUUAUAUGUGUAUGGUCACGUAAUUUUUAUCCUCUAUGUUUAAAAAGUGUUUGAUGGUGGUUUAAUGUACUGAAUAAGUGGUUCAAUUUUGUUAGUAUUAGAGCUGCAUGUAGAAUUAAGGUCUAAUGAAUUGACAUUCUAUUUAAUUGUGCGUAAAUAUUUGAAAUGCCAUUUCUGUUACAUGGGUAUUUUCCAUUAGUGAUCUAUGUAAUUUGUGGUAUAAGUAACUUUUUUUUUUUUCUUUAUGUAUUAAAGUUUAUUUCUUAA